UUUAUAUUAUACUCUUUGGGCUAUUACUUAGAUCGCACGGAACGCGUCGCUUUCAUGUUUUUAUUUUAUUUUAUAAUUAUAAUGUGAGAAAUAUGAUAAGUACUUUAUCUGUUAUUACAUUAUUUAUGUGAAAAGGGUAAAUUUUAAAAUUUUAUGUAGUUUAUUACAUUAUAAAGAAUUUAGGUUACAUAAAAAAGCACGUACCAAAAGGAGCAACAUGGUUCAGGCUACGGAUGAAAUGGAACAGCCAGACUUGCCACAAGCUGUAAAAUUAUUAAAAGAAAUGAACAUGAAUGUGCAGCAAGUUUCACAAUUAGUAGAUAAUAUGUUGUUACGAGUUAAAAGUGGAGAAAUAACAACGGACAAGGGUUUGAGUUUUUUAGAAAUGAAAUAUCAAAUGCUUCUCAGUUAUCUAAUUAAUUUAACAUAUAUAGUGUUGAGGAAAUGUUCUGGAGAGAAAAUUGAAUCUGAUCCUUCCAUAGACAGGCUUGUUGAAAUACGAACUGUGUUGGAAAAAAUUCGUCCAAUAGAUUCUAAACUGAAAUAUCAAAUUGAUAAACUUGUUAAAACAGCAGUUGUUGGAAAUACAGAAGAUGAUCCCCAAUCAUAUCACGCCAACCCCGCCAAUCUGGUUAGUAAGAUAGAAAAUGACGAAGAAGACAGCAGUGAAUCAGAUAGUGGUGACAAAAAAGAAAAAAGUGAAAAGUCUAAUGUAUAUGUACCUCCUAAAUUGGCAGCAGUGCAUUUUGAUGAUAGUAUAUCUAGGAAUGACAGUGAAAAGAAAAAUAAGGAAAGAGCCAAAAAACAGUUUCUUAAUUCAAAUGUUAUGAGAGAACUCCGUGAAGAAUACUCUGAAGCCCCACUGGAAAUGACUACAGGAAAUCAUGUUAAGCACUCAAUAUCUAAGUAUGAACAAGAAAAAACUGAAUAUGAAGAGAAUUACCUGACUCGUUUGCCAGUUACUAAGGCAGAAAAAAAUCGAAGGAAAAAGUUGACAACGGUUGGUAUGUUAGCAGACGAAGUUACCGGCACUCGCAGUAUAGCACGUAAACAUAAGCUAAAAUCUAAAAAAGGUAAAGGAUUUAAAAGACGGCGUACUCACUGAUCUCUUUAAUUACUUUUUACAUUUUCCCUUAACUUGUAUUAUUGUCAAACAUUGCAUAUGUAUGAUAUAAAAUAUUUCAAAAGUGUAAAUUCACAUGAAAAUACAUAAAUAAAUAUAGGCUUUUCAUCAAUUUCUCAUCAAAGUUGGCAAAAUAAAAAUAUUUUUAUUUACACAAUGAAUAAAAUUCAUAAUAUGGUUAUCCAUAAUAGUUCAAUAAUGAAGUAUGAAUUAUUUUUCCAUUACUAGAAAUAAAACAAUAACAUAAAUCAUGUGCCACAUCAAAUUACAUUGAUGGCAAAGCUGUGCAAGCAAGAGAUUUUUUAUAAUAGGCAAAUAACGAAUGGUAAGUAAUAUCAAAGUAUAGGCACAGAAAUUCACACUGAAAAUCAAGCAGUACAAAUUGCUGUUAGUGAUAGAAUAAAUACUCGGUUUGGGCAUAAAGCUCUACCACCUAAUUAUAACAAGUAGGUGGUGCAACUUACCCACUAGAAGUGGGAAACUGAUGAGUAAUAUUGAAUCAUACUUAUCUGGCACUCAUUUUUGCUUCAAAUUAAUUAUAACGCUAAGUGAGUAAUAAAUGGAGUGGUUUAGUUUUAAUGAUUAAAUUGAAUAGUAUGAUGUGAUAAUUUAUAACUCAGUGGAGGUAUGGGAUUUUACCAAAAUAUAAAUUCCCCCCGAAUUUAUCCUUUGCUCCUCAAUAAUUUGUUGUUACAGCUUGUUCUGUGAAUUAUUUCGUCGAUUUUUUAUGCGAGAUUCGUCCGAGAAAAGUUUCAUUGAUACAAAAAAAUAUGCUUAUAAACAAAAACUUUUAAAUGCAAUCAUAUUUAAAUUAAGAACCGAUCUUACCGCCAUUCCUUGUUUGAAAAUUGUGAUUAUCUAGCCUUAGUACUUAUUUAUUUUUAUUUAUUGAUUUAAUGCGAAAAUGCGUUAGGUUCAUUCAGUACAUACAUUAUUUAAAACUUAAAGAUUAAGGUUGCAAGUAUACCUCACUACAACGUAGGUUUGAAAACUAUUUCACAUAUUCUCGAACAAAAUGACGGACAAGAAAGCUAAAAUAUAACAUACUAAAAACCACCUCAUCUAGGAUUAAGGGUGUGCGCUUAUUGAAAUAUUCGUGCCUUUAUUUUGUAUGAUGCUUAAUAAACAAGAAUGUGAUCGUAUUACAAUCAAACAAUCUUGCCACAUGGAUAAGACAUCAGAUGACUUAGAGAUGAGAAUGCGCAUAAAGCGAUUUAUUAAUAUUUUACCCCUUAACACGCGCAAAUGUUAAGAAGAGUCUUCAAACAGACCAUCUUGGAAUGCGCGUAUUGUAUACGUUUUACUGGCUAAUUUAAUAACAGCUUAUCCCAAAAAUAUAUUUAUAUUACUAAAAUAAAUAUUAAAAACUUGCACAUGAUGAAUUUAAAUGUUUGAUCUUCAAACCGUUUCAGUCACUAAAUUGAUAUCUAAUAAUAAUAUGGCACUGAUUUAUGUUACUUAACAUGUCCGUUAUCUUGCUUGCUUGAUUAUAGAUUGAUGAGACAAUUAUUGAUACAAACUGCAUUAACAACACAGAUUUCUUCUUUUUGCCACUCUGAAAUAAAAUCGAAUAUAGAAAUAGUUUAAGCAUAAGCACAUAACAAUGAAGUGAUAUAUUUUUUUACUAUAUGAUGAAGAUAAAACUAAUAGUCGCAAUGUCCUAUGUAUUUACAUGUGAUUUGAUCAUUUUUAUUUUUUGUUGGUUAAAGAAAUGGUUAUUUGUUAAUGUUACUUUAAAUUUCGAAAUAAAUUUACACAUAUUUAAAGUAAAGAAGGCCAUUUUUUCUCAUAGUAAAGCAGAUAAAAAGAUAUAUAUAAUUGAAGCUAAUGAAAAGGCGUUUGUAGUUGAAACACUUUCAGCAUUAACAUAAACAGGUGAAAUGAGAACAAACGAUCACCUCCCUUAUAAAGACGCACUUUUUACAACUGUUAUAAAAUAAAAAUUUAGAAAGAGAUUUUAGUAUACAGGGUACUCCAUUUGUCUAAGCACAUGCACAGUAAAAUUUAGCUCCUAUAAUCCUAUUAAAAUAUAACUAUUAAAGUUAAGCUCUUAUUUGUUACUCUAUAAAAUAUUUAUAAACAUCAUACUGGCUAUAGGAUGUUGGUUAAUUUAUGUGUACAUAGCAUUUUAACACAAUAAUUAUGUAAGACACCUUUUGGAACUCUUUGCUGCUUAACUAGUAAAACGUCCAGGGAGGUGCUACAUUUUGCUUACUAAUGUUAUAUAAAAUUGUUUCAUUUAUGUGGGUAUGUGUAUAUAUCUUAUUCAUAAAUUCGUCACUAUUUACUGUGCUCCCGUAUUAACCAUAACUGAAAUGACUGUUACGUUAUGAGUGACAUUCACAGUAGCUAGAACUUUAUAUAAUACCUACAGUUUUUUAAUGAUGCUCAUGAAUCACAAAUGUUUAAAAAUGCAGUGCAAAUAUCUAUUUUAAAUUUGCCUUACUAUGUGUAUUAUAUAAUAUAAAAAAAUAAAAUAUAAAAACUAAAAUAUUAAAUAAAAUAAGUAUGUUUAAUUUUAAGAAAAGCAAGUGUUUAUAGUAAUGGAAAUUUAAGACGAAGGAAAUUGCAUGAAGGUGUUAAAAUGUAAUUGAAAACUUUAAUUUUUUUUAUUUAGUUACUAGUUUAAUUUUCUUAAGUUUUCUUUUUCUACGAUACAACUACCGACUUUUAAAAUUUAAUAAUAAAAUAUGUUUUACCUAAAAUGUGUGGUACUAAUUUGGUACCAAACAAGCUAGUACCUACAGCGAAUGACGGAUAAUUUACAAAGUUGGGUAUAUUUAUAUUGAAUACUGUUUCAGAACUUUAAAUGACGUCGUUUAUUGUUUUCUUUCAUGUUUGCUUUGAUUAUUUGUUUUCUUUUUCGCAAUGUGUACCAUUACGGAAAGAUUUAAGUUUUAUAAAAAAAAAAAACAUUUUGUGUUUUUUUUUAAAUUAAUUUAUUCAUGUUGUAAUUUAAGCGUUUUCUAG